CCCCAAGUACCCAACCAGUGCCUUGAAAGUCGGCUUCCUGGGGAGGGAGCUAUUUCAGCAACGCUUCCCGGGUGGGGGCGUUUCACUGCAACACUACCUUAAGCGUCUCCCCUCAAGCGUUGCUCACUGCAAUCCUCCCUAGCAAAGUCCCCCCUGAAACUCGACCCUGGACUCAAACGUUCCUAUCUGUGUCCUCGCCUGGCAGCGGGCGUCACUCCACCUCUGACUCACGACAGGCCUUUCUUCGCCUCGUUGUGCGAUUCUCCUUCUCGUUGGUUCCGUGCAGGGAACGUGUUUCCUAGUCGGAGGGAGAGGAACGACGCGCCGGGCUGCGUUGCUGAUGCAAUUGAAUUGUCGCCGGCCUGACAGGCGACGAGGGAAACGGCCGGUUCCGGGGGGACAGAAUCGACCCCAUAUUUUGGAAAUCCCUGGACGGAAAGAAGUUGUAAGAGGACUGCAAAUUGUAAAUUAUAACAAUAAAGACCUUCUACGCUCCUGAAAAUGGCAGACAUUCAGAACAGCAGCUUUUGCUCUCGUAAUCCACUUGAACUGUUUGAACAGGUAGCCACACAAGGAGAAAUUGUCCGAUUGCUAAAAGCAGAAAAGGCACCAAAGGAUGAAAUUGAGGCAGCAGUUAAGUUAUUAUUGUCAUUAAAGCUGAGCUAUAAAACACUUAUGGGCGAGGAAUACAAAGCUGGUUCCCCUCCGACAGAUUUCACUCCAUUCAGUAACGGUCCAGGAGAUGCUGAAGGUGAAGAUUUUGUAGACCCCUGGACAGUACAGACAUCUGAUGCCAAAGGGGUAGAUUAUGAUAAACUUAUAGUUCGAUUUGGCAGCAGCAAAAUUGAUAAAGAUCUGAUCAAUCGAAUAGAGAGAGUUACGGGACAUAAACCACAUCACUUCCUACGCAGGGGCAUCUUCUUUUCUCAUAGAGAUAUGAACCAAAUCCUUGAUGCGUAUGAAAAUAAGAAGCCCUUUUACCUCUACACAGGCAGAGGUCCCUCGUCCGAGGCGAUGCAUGUCGGCCACCUUAUCCCGUUUAUUUUUACAAAGUGGCUACAGGAAAUAUUUAAUAUUCCCUUAGUCAUACAAUUGACCGAUGAUGAGAAAUACCUCUGGAAAGAUCUAACAGUUGAAAAGGCAUACCAGUAUUCAAUAGAAAACAUCAAGGACAUUAUAGCCUGUGGAUUUGACAUAAACAAAACCUUCAUCUUUUCUGAUCUGGACUAUUUGGGAACAAGUCCAGAAUUCUACAAGAACAUCUUAAAAGUUCAAAAGCAUGUUACGUUUAAUCAAGUCAAAGGAAUCUUUGGUUUUACAGACAGCGACUGCAUUGGAAAGAUCAGUUUUCCUGCUAUUCAAGCUGCUCCGUCUUUCUGCACAUCCUUUCCACAGAUCUUCAACAGCAGGAAGGAUGUUCAGUGUUUGAUCCCGUGUGCCAUUGACCAGGAUCCCUAUUUUAGAAUGACAAGAGAUGUGGCCCCGCGGAUCGGCUACGCCAAGCCAGCGUUAAUGCAUUCCGUCUUCUUCCCAGCCUUGCAAGGGGCACAAACGAAGAUGAGUGCCAGUGACCCCAACUCGUCCAUCUUUCUCACCGACACACCCAAACAAAUCAAAGCAAAGAUCAACAAGCAUGCCUUCUCUGGUGGAAAGGACACUGUCGAAGAGCACCGGAAGUAUGGGGGCAAUUGCGACGUGGACGUCUCUUACAUGUACCUGACCUUCUUUCUUGAAGAUGAUGACAAGCUAGAGCAGAUCAAACAGGCCUAUACAAGCGGAGCCCUCCUAACAGGAGAGCUGAAGAAGGUGCUGAUUGAGACACUGCAGCCCUUGAUCGCAGCUCACCAGCAAAGGCGAAAGCAAGUCACGAGCGAAAUGGUGAAGGAAUUCAUGACUCCAAGGAAGCUGGCAUUCGAUUACUAAUUCCAGACCGCGCAUGUUAAUUUGUCGAUCCCCGUAGCACACUGGAUCUAUGUUAUCGUAGCGUUUUCGUUGUUACGUUGCCUCUCUCUAAUUUAUAUCUGGGCACCAGUCAGUGUUGCUUCUUAAAGCAGCUAACCUUCAAAAGCUUGUCCUUGUCCAUCAGCAGCAGCUGUAUCAGAAAAUAUGAAGAUACUCUCUAUACGGCUCAGAAGAGACCGGCGUUGGGUACAGACUUGAUUGGGCUGUAAUACUGGCUUGCAGCAUAGCCCGAUGACCUCGUCUUGUCAGCUUUGGUGUUUAAAAAUGCUGAAAUCACAUCAAUUAAAAAAAAAUCAUGCUCA